AUGCCCGGUACCACGCGCGUGUCGUUGGCUGUCGGUCGUCGAUAGCUAGCUAGCUAGCAAGCUAUCACUAUGAGUGAAUCCAACGAGAUCCCUACUGGACUGGAGAGGAAGAAGAUUCGCCUGGAUAUGGACUCUCCGGACAGUAGCAGCCAAUCGUCGCUAUAUUCGUCAGACUUGAACACGUCAGCCGGGCACCUGACACACGAUGAGGAGCGAGAGCCUGACCUGUGGCCCUCAAAGAUGUCGAAGUUGGUUGAAUUUCUGAAAAUGACUGUUUUUUUGUCUCGGAAACUCGGUUCCUGGCGUGAAAGUGACCAGAUCCCAAUCGGCUGUCACAAACUUUAGGCUGAGGUCCUGUCA